AUGCAGUCGUCUGCCGAUUCUCUUGGCCAUUCCCGAGCCACGACGUCACAUUCUCACGGCCCCUUCCGCGAUGCCCCUGCCCCUGCGCCCACGGUACCUCGACAUCGGUCCAAGAGCGUGGGACGACCCAACACGGCACCUACAGCGCAAUUUGCGCCAUCGUCCUCGCCAAGACCGAAAUCAGCUGGCAAGAACGGCAUUUCAAGGUCACCCUCGCGCAAGCCCUUCAUCGUCCAGAAGACGAGGCCUGGCCCCCCAUACCUUGUCGGCGUGAGCGGCGCUGACGAUGACGACGACGAACUCCCACCCGUGCCGCCAAUCGCGGCGCAUUUUCAAGCCUCCGCGCCUUCGAGUCCGGUGACAUCCAAGGGUCCUGGUUCGGUAAACGGAUCCAUCAUGUCCGGCUCCGCACAAAGUGCUGGUGGCAAGUCAGGGUAUGUAGAUAUAUUGGACGCGCAAGGGGCGCUGAGACCUUCAGACUUCAAGUCGCGUCUUCGUGCGACGGGAGCGCGUGACUACGGCGAAGAUGUGGCGGAGAGGAACAUGGGAGUCAAUGGCGUAGAUCUCAACAGCCCUCCUGUUGCUGCUUUCUACGCCCUGACAGGCGGCGGUCCCCUUGCUUACAAGUCGGACGGUAGUGCCGUCGACGUGCACGGGAACAAAUACGCCGCAGAUGCCGUUCCCGCAAGUCUCACGAGCGAAGUGCAGGGCGAGGAUGCGGACCAGCCUUCGGCAGUGGCUAACCAACGACUUCGCGGGCCUGUUUUCCCGGCUCGCACGACCAGCUUACUACCAAAUGCUCGGUAUCGGGAGGACACAGCUACCGGUACACAUGACAAUUCCUCAGAGGAUGUCAAGGCUGUGCGGCGCUUGUCGCUACAGAGCGCUCCCCAAGGCACGGCUUCUCAUACUCAAGCAAAGUCGCGGCCUACCAGCUUGCACCCGGCGCUUCCGUCAGCCAAUUUGAAUGGUCGGCCGACCAGCAGUUUCGGACUGGUGACCAGUCUCAACAAGCCAAGCCGGCCUAGAGAUGCCAAUUUCGCAGCUUCCAACGACGGGGAGCAAGAACAAGGCAACCGCCGCCGGUCCCGUAGCGCACCAAAUCGGCCCUCGUCGUCUGGAACGGAUGCUAGCUCUCGAGCUCGAACUUACAACAAGCCUCUACCACAACCACCUGGGGCUAACCCUCUGCCUCGCUCGACGAAUGCUCCUUCGCAUCCUCGGAACCGAUCUACUGGCAGCUCGUCGGUGCGCAACAAAUCCACUGCCCUCGGUGACAUUUCCGAGCAUGUGCAGCCACCGCCCAAGAUUAACUAUGAGGCGUAUGGUACUCGGAACGAUUCAGUUUCAUCCUGGACACCCAGCACUGUGGCAUCAAGCAACAACCGCAGUCGCCACACGGCUGACACUUCGCUCGAUCUUGGCUACGUUCUGCCUCGCAAAGCCAAUAACAAAGCCCCGGGAUCUCAUGUUCGUCUGCAGAGCGACAGCACAGUGGCCAGUGACAAGUCAGAAAGCACAUGUUUGUCUCAACGGGCGGGCAAACCGGCUAGAUUGACGCAGCCCCAGUCCCCAGAUGAUGUGUACAUGAGUACAACGACCGAUGGCUCCGAUGCCGAGCCGCAUGUCGGGAUUCAAAGGAAACGCCACCAAGACGGCGAACACUUAUUAUUUAACGAAGAUGGGUACGGCAAUGGCCUGCCUGGGCUUUUCAACGCCACAGUGGAGGAUGCUUCACCACCAGCCUGGGCAACAUUUCGCAAGUCCCACCAAGCACCACCCGCUUCGGCUCCUCGCAAGCAGCCUCCAUCGCUGAAAUGGCGUCACGAGGAAGACGACGACUACUCGACCGUUUCCGAGUCUGAAAAGCAACCGGCUCAGCCCGCUGCAGCUGGAGGCAUCCUCUCCCCAGUUUUCGACCCCGUGGAGGCAGCGAUGGAUGCCCGUUUGGACGCUAAGUUGGCCGUGCAAUUACGAAAGAAGGCGAAGAGGCGGGAGAGAAUGAGCACAUCAUCCACACUGGCAGCCAGAAAGAGUAGGAUGGAUGGGCAGAAGCACGCGGUCAAAGGAGAUUAUGAGCAAGGCCAUGUUGCUGACUCUGAGGUGUAG